UUUUUUUUUUUUUUUUUAUUACAGAGGGUAAGGCAGGCUGCAGAGAAGACAUACUUAUUAAAUAUUUAUAUGUACCACAGUUAUUUAGUCAAACUCAUUGACUGUAUAUACUAAACAGCCCAUCUGAAAUACCUGGUUCACUAUCGCCACCUUGUGGUAAAGCGCUGUCACAGCACAGGAAAACUGGAAAGGUUUUAUAGUACUGACUGUAUUACAACCUUUUCCAUGUGUUCAUGGGAUAAUGGAAAGUUAGGGAAACGACAAUACAGUUUAAGAUCUACACACAAAAGUAGCCUAUUGAAUGAAAUAAAAUAGCAACAACAGAAAAUAAUAGAAAAUAAUACUACAAAAUGUCCUCAAUGUUAUGGUCCUCAUAGCAUAGCAUACACACACACGUGUGUGUGUGUGUAUGCCAUAACUGAGUUUGUAGAUGUUUAACUCAAUAAAUACCAGUGGGAUGGUCAAAACUGUUUUUUGCCCCUAGCGGUGAUUCUUCAGACAUAUAUAACUCGAAGCCACCAGGCGAAUGGAAGACAACUACAUCCUGUUUCAGUACCAGUCAGGAGCUGUGACUACUAUGACGCAGUCUAAAGGAGAGAUGAACUUGAAGGACUACUUCAAAAGAAUUGGUUUCCAUGGCCCCUAUGAUCAGCCUGAUCUUGCAACUCUGAAGCUGAUCCACAGACAUCACGUCAUGUCCAUCCCCUUUGAGAACCUCAGCAUUCACUGUGGGGAGAGGAUCGUCAUGGACCUUGAGGUGAUCUUCGAUAAGUUAGUGAGGAGCAGCCGUGGAGGUUGGUGCUGUGAGAACAACUUCCUGUUUGGUUGGGUGCUGAGAGAAAUGGGCUACGACGCGACAACCUUGGGCUCAAGAGUGUUCGACACUACCAGCAAUGACUUUGGAUCCCCUGAUACUCAUCUCAUUCAUAAGGUCAUCAUUGAUGGGAAGCCUUAUAUAGCUGAUGUAAGUUUUGGUGUGUCAUACCAAGUGUGGGAGCCCCUGGAGCUCAUCUCUGGAAAGGACCAACCUCAGGCAGCAGGUGUCUUUCGUCUCAUAGACAAGGGGGACAUCUGGGUGAUGGAGAAGACUGGCAGAAAGCCACAGGUUGUUAAUCCAGAAUUUACCAAAGCAAGUCUGGUGAACAGGAAGGAGACGAGGCAGAUCUACUGCUUCACCUUGGAGCCCCGCGAGCCAGCUGAUUUCUUUGAGAACAACCACAAACUCCAGACGGACCCUGCUUCACUGUUCACCAACAAGUCCAUCUGCUCUUUACAAACAGCCACAGGAUUCAAGGCCUUGAUUGGCUGGACCUACAGUGAGGUCACGUACAAGCCAGAAGAAGGUGUUGAUGUCUUAGACAUGAGGGACGUAGCAGAUGAGGAGAUAGGUCAGAUACUGAGGGAGCAGUUCAAUGUAGAGCUGCAGAAUAAACUAAAGCCUGUGAGCAACAAGUUAUGGUUCACACUCUAGAAAGAAACGUUGUUGAAGGAUCAUGUAACUGAAGCAUAUUAUUCUGUACAUGAAUGAUGGCAAGAGGAAAUUGUGGAGAAAAUAUAAACCCAUAAUCCAGGUGUAUGUUGAACUAUUUUAAGUAAUUCAGUUCAAUUCAAUCAUGUUGAAUAUUUUGGAUGUAUUAUACUGCAUAUAUAAUAUACCUCAUUUGUAUUUUUGUACUUACUCAUAUGAUAAUAAAACAAAGUUGUAAAGGAAUAAUCCAUUUACGGCCGAGUGCAGAGGCUGAGUCCAGGAGCUUUACAGCCUGAGGAAAGAAAUUAAAGUCCAGUGGCACAGCAGCAAAUACUUGUCUUCAGUAUCUUUUUGAAACCUCAUCUCACAUGAGUCACUCAUGUUAGGUGGAUAGCUACUGAUGAUGAUGUCAUAUCUUGUUUCUCUUGGGCGUCUACAUCCAAGUCAUUUUUAGUAAUGAUUCAGUUUCUAUUGCUCUUGAAGUUGAUCAUGACAUGCAAACAUUAAACUGUUCACCUGCUCCA